ACUCUACUCGGGGGGCCACUACGCAGCCAGACUGCGAGCCGUGAGGGUAGAGGUCCGAGUAUUCGCACGGAGAUACACGCGCCGAGCAACGUGCACGAUCGACCACGCCGCUCAUUUUCCACUUCGUAUCAUCGAUUCAGAGGAAUCCAACGUCAAGAAGAAAGAAACGACCCUGUAUAGUCAUUGAAGAAGAAGAAGAAGAAGAAGAAAAAGAAGAAAAUUAUUGACGAAAUUAAAGAUUAUCUUCGAGAGUUCGAGGGAUCAAAGGAUCAACUUUAAAGGAAGAAGAAGAGAAAAGAAGGAUAAGCCAAGAGGAAAGUAGAAGAAGAAGAAGACAAUUUUCUUUUCUACGUGCUACACACCAAACGAUCAAACAUAGUUGUCUCAUUUUUCCACGCUGAUAUUUCUAUUGUUGUGUGUGUGUUAUUAUCAUUUAUCGUUUGUAUCAUCGAAAAAAACGAUUUGUUGGCAACUGAUCGGAAAAAAAGUUUUAACCGGUUGAAAUAAUUCGCGAUUACGGAGUGAAAAGAACGAGUGCGCGAAGUAGAGAACGAACAGGAGAGCAGAGACGUCCAGGUGGUGCGCGUCCGACGCGUUCUCAACCUAUAGAGACGCACGUGGGACGAACCUUCGGAGACGUGAGAGAAAGAAAGAAAGAAAGAAAGAAGAAAAAAGAAAGGAAAGGAUUAGUUGCCGAGAUUACAAGUAGGACUUGGUGAUUUUUGUGCGGACUGGUGAAACCUAUCGAUUUGUGUUCAGACGCCUUUUACAACUUUGGACUUCUCGUCGCAUUGAUUACACCUAUACAUUCAUUUAAAAUAGAACUUAAAUUUGGACUGACAGGUGUGAAUAAAGUUUACUUACAUCAAGAAAGAUAAUUGUGUUUCGCUCAAAAUUGCAAGUGAAAUCGCGAAGUGACGAUAAACUUGAGGAUUCUUAUUCUUUCUCUCUCUGUCAGUAUCUUCCUCAUUUCUUACUGUUUCCCUUUCUUACUCACACAUUCACAAGUCUAACGAGCAACUCCUAAUUAUCGUUGGCAGUGCGCAAUUACGACGAGCGCGUGACUUCACGAGACGGGACACGUCAGUGUUUUUCUGCUACAAAAUUAUACGUUUUCGUUCAGAACGUUCAAAUCGUCGUUGCAAGUUGUCUUUGUUGUUGUCGUCGUCAUAGUAGUAGUAGUAAUCAUUGUCACUGGCUGUGGCUAUGUACAAGCAUGCACGCUGUGUUGUACAAAUAGAAUAAUUAAAAGAGCAUUAACGUUUCGCGACGAUCGUUCUGUCUUUUUAUAUUUAUUAUUUUAUUUUCUUGUUUUACGAGUUUACAAAGAAAAACCACACACCGUUAAAGAGGAAAAGAAUUUCUUCGAACGCGUCCAUCUCACUUAAUCAGGAGUGACUAGUGCAAGCUGAUUAAACCGCUGACUUAUCGUAUAUCGUUGGUCACGUGAGAUCGACUAACUUCCACUAAUUAAUUAUACCGGUUAAUUAAACGUGCCGUUAGAACAGGCUGAUGUCACGAGACUUGAAGAUUUUCCCGAAUCGUUUAUUCCUCGACGUCGGUCCACCACCGACCGCGAGAUUCGCGAAGGAGGAUUCCAUUGAUCGUACUAACGCCGUCGAAGGCUCGUGAAGAAAAAUAAGAAGAAGAAGAAGAAGAGGAUAAAGAAAAGAUAACACCUGAAUUAUAAGAGGAAAGGAUCAAAUUCCUUUUCUAUCGUCUUUACCCGCAUCGUGGGAGAGAUAAAUAACGGAGACUCGUCCAACUCACGUCAGGACGACGUCCCACGUAGAGCGGUCGCAGCUCAGUUUAGAUUACGAGUCCCCGGCAUGCAAGGCUGACAUGGCGGAGGGUUCGGCCGAGGAGGAACAGAGCAGUACCGCUGCGCCCGCUUCCCCUCCAGCUGAUCUUCGCACUCUGAACACCCAAUUGUCGCCGCCUUAUCACCAUCAACCCCAUCUCCAGGCACCACCGCGUCUUCAGCAUUUGCAGCAUCCCAACAUGUUGGCCACCGCCGUACCGCCUAGGCACAGCCACAGCAUGCUGUCUCAUCAGGUGAAAACGGAAGCCGAGUUGGACGCUUCCUACGACGUGCCAUUGAAUCUCAAGAGCGAGGAUAGCGACAGGAGUAGCGUUGGAAGUCCAGAACCAGCAACAGGCGCUAUGCACGAACACCAAAUGAUGUUGGAUGAUAUAAAAAAUUCUCGAAAAAGACGACGGACUCCGUCUCCUGAGAACUUGCAUCAAGCUAAACGGGCAGCUGUACCACAAGCACAUAUUAAUGGAACCAUGGCUGCAAUGGUUACUCUUCAAAAUUUACAAAAUUUAGAAAAUCUACAGAAUUUGGAGAGUCCCGAAUCGGCGACAGGAUCGUUGCACGAGCAUCAAAUGAUGAUGGACGAUGUAAAAAAUUCUCGGAAGAGACUGAGAAGCCCGUCGCCGGAAAAUCUUCAUCAGGCGAAACGAGCUGCGGUAGCGCAAGCUCAUCUCAAUGGAACUAUGGCCGGUAUGGUGACAUUACAAAACCUUCAAAAUCUAGCGAAUCUUCAGAAUCUUCCACAAGUUGCAUCAUUGGCAGCCGGUCUUCAAGGAAUGACAGCAGGACUAAGCAACAACCAGCUGAUCAAUACUCCUUUAAAUCUAACCGUUAGCUCAUCAGGAGGUACUGCGCCAACAGCUUCGAGUACAACAUCAGGACCACAUCUUUUGCCACCAAGUCCAGCGCCAAUGGUGACGUUACCUCAGUUAUUGUCUCAACCACAACCAGUGGCAAUGCCACAGUUCAUCCUAAUGUCCGGUCAAUUGGUUCAGGGUCUUCAAGGAGCCCAACUUUUAAUUCCUACUUCUCAAGGUAUAGCAACGCAAACUAUAUUGACCAUUCCCGUAAACCACGUUACGAAUAAUCAAAUGGUUAACUUGGCACUCAGCAAUGGUCAAGUAGUUUCAACGACGUUGGCAAAUCUUCAAUCGAUCGCCCAACCUCAAAAUAUGUUGAACACGCCAACGAGCAACGUUCCGACAAGUCCGAGUCUGGCAUCGGGAUUAGGCUUGAAUCCCGCAGCACUGCCUCACCUUUUGAGCAACAGUUCGGCGAGCCAGCAGCUUCUGAAUGCAAUGCAACCCCAGCAGCUGCUUCAGGCAGCUCAAGCGGCACAAGCUCAGGCAGCGCAAGCCGUCCAAGCUGCCCAGGCUUCUCAACAACCACUUCUCACAACGUCACCGCAACAGCACAGCCAUCGACAUGGCUCGCACAUGAAUCAUUAUACGCCACCAGAAAAGCAUCACAGAGAAAGGCCGGAACAGUCGUCGCCUUUGAACGAAUCUGUAGCCUCCGCAGCCUCUGCUCUAAACAGAUUGACGUCUAGCAACGGUGAGAUUACCAUCACGACGACGCACGGUCCUAGUGGAACUGGAGGAAUAAAGGCCUCUCCAAGUACUAUGCACAGUCCCAAGGAGGAAGAAGAUGAUCUUCUUAACGACUCUCCGAAUCAACCGACAAUCAACGAAGCCACGAACAACGUCGUAGAUGGUAUCAACCUUGACGAAAUCAAGGAGUUUGCGAAAGUUUUUAAACUUCGUAGACUUUCCUUGGGCCUAACGCAGACCCAAGUUGGUCAAGCCCUUAGCGUUACCGAAGGUCCUGCUUAUAGUCAGAGUGCCAUAUGCCGUGCCCUGGCUACCCAGAUGUACGCUGCCUCGCAGAUUGUGUCACAGCAGCAAGCUACAUUCGAAAAGCUGGACAUCACGCCUAAAAGUGCGCAAAAAAUCAAACCAGUUCUGGAAAGGUGGAUGAAGGAAGCCGAGGAAAGUGCGCGUGAUUGCAGGUACAAGAGCGGAGUGAAUCAUCUCACGGACUUCAUCGGAGUCGAACCAACCAAAAAGAGGAAGAGACGGACGUCCUUCACACCUCAGGCUUUGGAAUUGCUCAACGCUCAUUUCGACAGAAAUACACAUCCCAACGGUACCGAGAUUACAACGCUAGCACAUCGUUUAGGAUACGACAGAGAAGUUAUUAGAAUUUGGUUCUGCAAUAAAAGACAAUCGUUAAAAAAUACAGCGAGAAUGAUGAAGGGGAUCGAAUAAAUCGACGUUGAUCGAUGAUCAUCUAUGGAAAUAAUCAGUGAGAAAGAUGAAGAAGAAAAAGAAGAAGAAGAUAAAGAUGAAGAUGAAGAUGAUGAAGAAGAAUCGCUUCGAGGAUGUUUCGAUGUCUCCGAGAACGAAGCUAGUUUGUUGAAUUUCAAGGAUCGUUAAUGCUUUUGUGAGAAUAAAAAUUUGCGGAAGGAUUAGAAGGAAAUGAAUUUAUUAUUCUUAAAAAAAAAAAAAAAGAAAAGAAAAGAAAAGAAAUAUAUCGAUCGAUUGAUCGAUCCCUUCUAAACAUUUUUAUUCUCAAAAAGAUAACGAAGUACUUUUAUAAUCGUUCAGUUUCAUUCCUCGUGUCAAUGAUCGACGAGUGAUCUCACUUAAAAAAAGAAACAAAAAAAUUCUUUCAAGACUGUUAUUCAUCGAUAUUACGAUCUCGUCUCGGUCCAACUCUUUUUUUAACGAGAAAAAAAAAAGAAACAAAAAUUGCAACGUCAUCGAGUCGAUCCUGGCCCACGACGAUCCGAAACUGAACGAAAAGCGCAGCGAAAAGUGAAUAAUUAAAAUAAUAAAAUAAAAUAAAAUAAAAUAAGAAACUAAGUCCUUAAGGACAAUGUGAUCGCAGAGAGUAUACGAAAGAUCUAAAUCUGUAAAUUAGCUUUUAUAGUCCUGCUCGUGAACAUUUUUCGAAAGUUAAAAGGAGAAAUGAAACGAAA